AUGGCGAAUCCUACGCCCCCGGAGUCUGUCGCUACCUCCACUGCCUCAAAAUCGUCCACUCCCAAUCGAAACACUGCUUCAAACGCUCAGAUCUCUCCUAAACCAGCCGCAGGAGCUGUGUCAAACCCACACAAAGUUCCACCUCGCGCCUGCUAUCUCAGUACCCACGUCAAGAUCGAAGUCGGAUCCAAGAAGAAGAUCUAUGUCAUACACAAAGACCUUCUUAGGUUCUACUCCGACUACUUCCGUGGUGCAUUCAGCGGCUCCUUCAAAGAGGCUAUCGAAGGUAAAGUCUCUCUGCCCGAGGAGCGCGAGGCUGUGUUUGACAUCUUCACCCAAUUUCUCUACAGCCGCCUUCUCGCCGACGACAGGGACGAAAAGAUCUCUUGGGCCACACUUGUGGACGUUUGGCUGUUCGGUGACAAAUACUUGGUUCCCUCUCUCCAGAACAGCGCUAUGGACUCGCUCAUCAAGAAGAUUGAGGUCGAUCACUCCGUCCCUACACAUCAGAUCAAGAAAAUUUGGGAGAAAACAUUACCUUCUUCGCCACUUCGUAGGUAUCUCUUGGAGCACACUGCAUACAGGUUGAGUGCUUCCAGCUUCCAAAUGUUUGAGAAUCAUUGGACGCGGGAGGCGCUUGUGGAGUUGGUCAAGACUUUUUUCGACAAAGAAGACACCAAAAAGUACGUGUUUCCAGCACGCGAGAAGUGCUACUACCACAUUCACAAAGAAGGAGAGAAAUGCUAG